AUGUCCACUCACCCAUCUCCCAUAUCAAUCAUUCCCUGUACUAUCUACUUUACAAUCACAAAACAAAUAAGCUUACUUUCUCCAUCCUCAAAUUCAAUGGCUUCUCCCAGCUCAAUCUCAGUUGCACCAGUUAAAGUCCAAGAGUUGUCGGUGUAUGAAAUGAACGAGCGCGAUCGUAGCAGCCCUGCUUUCCUCAAACUCAGCCAAAAAUCUACCAACUCUUUGGGUGAUCUCGUUCCGUUCACCAACAAAAUCUACACAGGCGACCUACAGAAGCGCAUCGGAAUAACAGCAGGCCUGUGCAUCUUGAUCCAAAACGUACCCGAAAAAAAAGGUGACCGAUACGAGGCUGUCUACAGCUUUUACUUCGGAGACUACGGUCACAUAACAGUGCAGGGACAAUAUCUGACAUACGCGGACACAUAUCUGGCUGUCACCGGCGGCACCGGCAUCUUCGAAGGCGUGUCAGGUCAAGUGAAGCUGCAGCAGCUCAUUUUCCCCUUCAAGUUGUUCUACACUUUUUACUUGAAGGGCAUUCCUGAUCUGCCUCAAGAGUUGCUUGGACAGGCUGUGGCUCCGUCGCCAACUGUGGAGCCGACUGCAGCGGCGAAGGCUUGUGAGCCUGGAUCCACCAUUGCUAAUUAUACUCAGUGAAGAUCAAAUGGAGCUACGGAUGGGAAUAUGGGAUUCGGACAAGAUAUUGUAUCGACUUGUGUUGUUAAAAUUAAUGUUAUAAACGUGUUGACCGGGAACGUUAAAUUGGUGGAUCGCAGAAGAAAAUGUUGUUAUUACAGUAGUAUUUUAGUUUGAAAGAGUUUCCUGGCAACUUCAGUUUAAUAUAUUAUAGUUUCCCAUGCAAUUAAAGUUUCAAAAAUUACUUUUGGAC